AUGGUCACAGUGGAUGGCCUGCUACGUAGGGAAAAUGAGCUAGCCUAUGAACCAGAAAUACUUGCAAUCGGUCCUUAUCAUCACGGUAAAGCUAACUUGGAAAUGAUGGAAAAGCAUAAAAUAAGAUACCUACAAAUGUAUCUUGUGCGAACAAAUGAAUCAAGUGUGGAUAGAUUUGUCAAUGCCAUGCAAGAUUUGGAAGAAAAGACACGGAAAUGUUAUGCAGAGUCCAUUGUACUUGAGAAGGAUGCGUUUGUGUGA